GCCCUUUCUGUUUACAUGUAGAUGUAGGAGUCUUCCAAUAGUCACUUGCACAUUCUCUGUAGUCAAAAGAAGUAAGGUACGACAUUUUUCUAAAUCGGUCAUUUUUCUUCUUCCAUUUUCAGAGUGUUCGAGUUUGGUGUGCAUUUAAGAUAUGGCAUCAUCUGACAAUCCAGAAGCUGUUGAUAGAGGUUUAUUUAGUGGAAAGGGAGAGAAAAAGGAGGAAGAGAAGGGAGGAUUCCUGGAAAAGGUUAAGGAUUUCAUUCAUGAUAUUGGAGAGAAGAUUGAGGAAACAGUUGGAUUUGGGAAACCAACGGCAGAUGUCACAGCGAUCCAUGUUCCUAAAAUUAAUCUCGAAAUGGCAGACAUUGUUGUUGAUGUGUUGGUAACAAACCCAAACCCAAUUCCAAUUCCUCUGAUAGAUAUCAAUUAUUUAGUAGAAAGUGAUGGAAGGAAACUUGUUUCUGGCUUGAUCCCUGAUGCUGGAACAAUCCAUGCCCAUGGUUCGGAAGCCGUAAAAAUACCGCUUAGGUUGAUCUAUGAUGAUAUUAGAGCUACUUAUGCUGAAAUCAAGUCAGGAAGCAUAAUUCCUUACAGGAUCAAGGUUGAUCUGAUAGUAGAUGUACCCGUAUUUGGUAGGCUAACUCUACCAAUUGAGAAGACAGGAGAGAUUCCAAUUCCUCUCAAGCCUGAUGUUGAUCUUGAUAAGAUUAAAUUUGAAAGGUUUUCUUUUGAAGAAACUGUUGCAAUUCUUCAUCUGAAGUUGGAGAACAUGAAUGACUUUGACCUUGGACUUAAGGACCUGGAUUGUGAAAUUUGGCUCUCAGACGUGUGCAUAGGAGGUGCAGACCUCAACGAAUCAACUGAAAUAGCUAAAAACGGAAUCAGUUAUGUCGAUGUCCCCAUUACAUUUAGGCCAAAGGACUUCGGUUCGGCACUUUGGGAUAUGAUUAGGGGAAAGGGUACCAGUUAUACUCUGAAAGGGAACAUUCAUGUGGACACACCCUUUGGUGCAAUGAAGUUACCUCUCAUCAAGGAAGGUGGUACGACCCGCCUCAAGAAAAAUAAAGAUGGGGAGGAAGAGGACAGCAAUGAGGGAUAGGAAAAAAGGAGCCUGCCAGAAGCACAUCUAUUUGUGACUGUUUGUUGUAAUAAUAUACACUCACUGUUGAUAGCUUUUUAAUCCAUAUUAACUCCGAGUGCUGCUUUGUGAGGUCAUGAGAUGCAUUAUGCACUAUGCAUUACAACCAGAACUGUGGUCGCUUUAGUCUUAUUUUGGGUAGACUAGUUAUUAAUAACAUAUACCAUGGAUUAUUAUUGUGGUUAUUUCAUUUAAUCCCCUUCUUGCU